AAAAGGAAAAGAGAAAAGAAAAAAAAAGUAUAAUUUGACCUACAUUUGUCUUCCCAUUUAAAAUUGGAGCACUGUGUAAAUUAACCUGGUCUCCGAACUGCCUUCCGCGCGCAGAGGAAGUCGACGAUCCAGUAACAAUGAGUUCUGCAAGCGCUCUUCGAGAACUACAGCGCGAGCUGGAGGCGAAAGCCAACGAGCUCAGCAAGCUACAGAAAGAUAUUGCGAAGAACCACCAAGUGAGGAAGAAAUACACUAUUCAGCUGGGUGAGAAUGAGCUCGUCCUUAAGGAAUUGGAUCUACUGAAUGAUGAUGCAAAUGUGUAUAAACUGAUUGGUCCAGUACUCGUGAAGCAGGAUCUGGCAGAAGCAAAUGCGAACGUUCGCAAGCGAAUAGACUACAUCUCUGCUGAAUUGAAACGUCUUGAUUCAGCCCUUCAAGAUUUGGAAGAGAAGCAAAAUAGCAAGAGAGAUGCGAUAUUGAAGUUACAGCAGAGGAUUCAAUCUCUGCAGGCUGGAAAAGCUAAAGCGUAACAUGUUUUAUUCGUUGUUUUUCAGCUGUACGUCCUAAAUUUCUGUCUAUCUUUUUCAAUCUCUCUUGUACCAGUUAAUUAUGCGCUUGCUCACUCAAAAGCUUGACUCUAUCUAAUUAGUUCGAUUUUGAUAAUAGAUAUGUGCAUUGCGUCUGUUGAACUUCCAUACUCCUUGCAAAGUAUUUGAUGACAACUUGGCAUCUCCAAAAAAAA